AUGAAUAGCACACCUCACCAUUUUGUGGUUCAUGACGAUUCUCAUCUUAUGGUUCAUAUUGACCAAACAACAAUUAACCAACAUCAUCACGGACAUGACAACACUCUUCAUCAUCCAUGUGGUGUUGUUAUGGAUCCAAGGAUUCCCAAUGGUCAUCAUGAUAUGCUGCGAGCGAGUAGUUGUCAUGAAAAGUCCUUUCAUCCUCCUAAGGCAACAACAACACUGAACACUUCUUCCAAAAAGAGAGAAAGAAGAGAAUAUUCAGAGGUGGUGAGGGUGGAUUCAUUCCAUGUGGAUCACAGCCAGAAUGAUCUCACCACCCACUCAAAACCCAAAAACAGAAAAGACGUAUUGAUCACUAAUUCCAAGAGAGUUGUGUCAGGAUCCCCUCGUUUGCCUGACAUGGUAGUAGCAUCUUCACCAAUGACUACCAUCACCUCAGGUACCAGAGCCACAAUAAACUGGACUUGUAUCAGAUUCCACCAUCCACCACCACCACCACCACCACCACCAAAAAACAGAUGUUUCUCAACCAUUUCACCCAAUGGGUCCUCUAACCCAACAACAACCUUCAUUUUCCAACCUUUCGAUUUCAAAGGAGAACGUAAAGUCAUUCGAAAAAGAACAAGCUCAUCCAUCACUAAGGAAGAAAUGCUCUCCGUCUUACAUUUAUCUCAACAUCAGGCAUGUCAAGUCCUUGGUUGUAGUUUAUCGACGGUGAAACGAAGAUUCUAUGACUUGAAGAAUGAAAUUGGACUUUGUAAAUGGCCGAAGGAUUACUUUACUUUGAUCGAUACGAAACUAUUUGCCAAAAUUUAUCCUUUAUCUUUACAAUCAAUUCAUAUUGAAUGA